CAACUGCGUCACGUUGAAGAGAGAGAAAGCCUAAGGCUUCACGAUGUAACAACUGAUGCCGUCGACUAGCAAAGAAGAUUCUGGACUAACUCAGUAUGGAAAGCUGUCUUUGGGUGCCCUGAAAGUGCUCAAAACACUCACAUUGCUGAUGAAUAUCAAAUAUCUAUGCUAAUCCAAGCCAAAGACAAUUGUACCUCUGAUAAUCCAGUAUUAUUCACGACGUUGAUUCUGAAACUGCAUAUUUGCCAAACACUAGGAUCGAUGCAAACGCUGACAGCUCUAGUUCUUCUAUGAACCAUUUUCCUGCGUUCAGCCAUUCGAUCAUGUCCAACGAAAGUUCAACAACGACAGACGGGCUACAUGUGGGUGAUGUUUCAGAUGAGUCAUUACAGUCAGCUAAAAGUGACACCAUGGCAACGAAUUCUGCAAGUUGUUCUCCGUGUGGUGAAGACGCAGUCAUGGAGGAGUGGGAUAGUCCAGGACAAAGCAGAAUUGAAACCGCUGAAAGGCCAUACUCCUGUGAAACUUGCGACAAAAGUUUCGCCGAUAAAUCUAGAUUAAGAGCUCACAGGAGAAUACACACAGGUGAAAAGCCUUAUGCCUGUAAUAUAUGUGAUGCAAGAUAUGCAGAUCCAUCAACAUUGAGAGUACACACUCGAAAACACACAGGUGAAAGACCAUACACCUGUACAACUUGUGGUAAGAGCUUUGCACACGGAACAACCUUGAAAAACCACAGUCGCACACAUACGCCUGAAAAACCUUACGUCUGUUUUACUUGUGGCAAGAGCUUUAAAGCUGAAUCAAUCUUAGAACAGCAUGUUCGAACACACACAGUUGAAAAGCCAUAUAGCUGUGAAACUUGCGGGAAAAGUUUUGCUAAACAAUUCGCCUUGAAAACUCACAAUCGUACACACACACGUGAAAAGCCUUACACCUGUGCUACUUGUAAUAAAAGCUUUGGUUAUAAAAUUUCCCUGGAAAGACAUAAUCUUACACACACAGGUGAGACCCCUUAUACCUGUAUUACCUGUGGUAAAAUAAUUAAUGACCAGUCAAGGUUUAUGAAACACACUCUCAAACACACAAGUGAGAAACCAUACUCCUGUGAAACUUGUGGCAUGAGUUUUGUCAAUGAAUCAUCAUUGAAAAAACACAUUCCAACACACACAGGUGAAAGGAAGUACAGCUGUGAAUUUUGCAGCAUGAGCUUUGCACACAUGGGAUCAUUGUCAAAGCACAGAAAAAGACACACAGGUGAAAAGCCGCACAGCUGUAUUACAUGUGGUAAAAGUUUUGCAGAAAAAGGCUGUUUGGAAAGACACAUUCGCACACACACAGGUGAAAAACCUUUUAUAUGUUCGGCUUGUGGUAAAAGCUUUGCACGUUUAUCGAGUCUGGAUAGACACAGUAUCACACAUACAGGUGAAAAACCCUACAGCUGUAUUUCUUGUGGUAAAAGCUUUGCAGACCAGUCAUCAUUGCUAGCACACAGUAAAAAACACACAGAUGAAAAUGCACACACCUGUGAAACUUGCAGCAUAAGCUUUAUCAAUCAGUCAGCAUUGAUAAAUCACAGGCAGGAACAUUUUACACCUGUAAUUUUUGGGGCAAAAGUUCCUGAUGUCUGUUCACCAUGAAAGGAAACCUUUGAGAACACACAGGUGGUAUGCCUCACACCUGUCAAGAACACACAAGUACUACAUCUUACACCUGUCAACACACAUGUGUUAUGCCUUACACCUGUCCAGAACACACAGGUGGUAUACCUUACACCUGUCCAGAACACACAGGUUGUACACCUAACACCUGUCAAGAUCACAUCCGUAAUUAGCCUUACACAUAUCAAGAACACACUGGUCGUAGCCUUACCCCUGUCAGUAAUACACCGGCGGUACACCUUACACCUGCCAAGAACAAACAGGUGAUAUGCCUUACACCUGUCAAGGACACACAGAUGGUAUGCCUUACACCUGUCCAGAGCACACGGGGGGUACGACUUACCCCUGUCAAGAUCACACUCGUAGUUAGCCUUACACCUGUCAAGGACACACAGGUGGUAGCCUUACACCUGUCAAAGACACACAGGUGGUAUACCUUACCCUGUCAAGAUCACACGUAGUUAGCCUUACACAUGUCAAGGACAUACAGAUGUUAGCCUUACACCUGUCAAAUGCACACAGGUGGUAUGCUUUACACCAGAAAGGCUCGUGGUAAAACGCUUGCCAAUAAUGCUGUAAUACCAAAGGGUAUAAAUAGUUAUGCAAAAACAAAAGGAAAAGAAAAAUACAAACGAAAAAAAACCAAAGAUGAAAG